AUGAGGCAAAAUGACCAUCUUCACUUUAAACUAAACAGACACUAUACACCUCCUGUAUCACAAUCAAGCAGUAUACAAGCCAGUUCACUGACGUCUAUUAGUGAGUCUCCCUGGUUUCAAAGCUUUCUUCGGUGGGUAAUUACCAUUGAUCAUCCUUCUCUGUCUAAUGAUCGCCACAAUUAUAGCUCAAUAGCGCACCUCACCAAUUACAUAUUUUUCUUUGGGGGUCACCUACGAACGGUUUCAAAUACCAAGCAUCUCUCUUUACUAGUUUUACUGAUAGUACUAUGUCCUAUGAUCCUGUUCUCCAUAUUCGAAGUCCGCCGUUUAUGGCGCAUAUGUCUCAGCGCAAGAGCACUUGUUGUACUUUUCUACUACAGCUGGAUACUUUGCUUCCAGUCCUUUUUGAAGACGGCUACUUCAGAUCCAGGUCUACUUCCAAGAAAUAUCCAUCUCCCGCAGUUGCAGAACGACUUCUGCAUCCCUAAUGAAUACUACAAUUCAAUUCGGCUACCUUCACCCGUAAAGAAUUCGCCGGUAACCCUAAAAUACUGCAUUACAUGUCGAAUAUGGAGACCACUAAGAGCGUCACACUGUUCUACUUGCAAUUGCUGCAUAAUGACAUUCGAUCACCAUUGCGACUGGGUCAAUAAUUGUAUCGGGCAACGCAACUAUAUCCAUUUCCUUACGUUCCUCUUCAGUGCAGUUAUUUGCGACAUAGUACUUUUAGCUGCAUGUUCACUAUGCCUCGCAAAUGCGUCUUCUAUCUCUGGAGAUCCCGUUAGUGUCAUACUUAUCUGCUACAGCUGUCUUGCAAUAUGGUAUCCCGCAAUUUUGGCAGUUUAUCACAUUUUUUUAACUGGAACACAGCAGACUACACACGAAUAUUUAAACAGCAUCGGGUCAGGGAACCCAAUAUUUCACAAAGUAGUACGAGCAGACGAUCAUCCAUUUCUUACUGACAGUUUUGUACAUAAUAUGGUUCUACAAAUGUGCCAAAAGAAAGGUUUUAGUGCUAUGAGCACUACUAAAUCGCAUGAAUCCGGAGAUUGGCGGUUCGUAGAUAUUCCACCACCCCAUUCAUUCGAAAAGAUAUAA